AUGGGCGACUCUACUUCGAACAAAAAGAGGCUCCCCUUCAAGCCCACAGCCCUCCGAAAGAAGCCCCCCCCCGCCUCGACGGAAAAGCCCAGCAAAGAUGAGGAGGACGACCUCGCUCUUUUCAAGCGGUCCAGGGAGAUUCUGCCCAUGGUCGCGGCGGAAGCUGAGCGACGCGCGCAGAAAGAGAAAGCGGACAGGGAUGCGCGACGACGGCGUCGGUCGGAAACAGAGGAGGAGAACACACCUGAGGCUGGCCAGAAUGCCGAAGCGCGAACGCCCGGCUCGUCGCAGAAGAAGCGGAGGACGUCCCGAACUGUGGAUCACGAUACUGAAGGCAUUUAUGAGAAGGCUAUUAGAGAAUCGCCGACUCCCAGCACUCGACUGUUCCAGCGCAAUCAGAGCGGGAUAUCACAGGCGACCACCGAUUUGUCGUCAAAUUCCGGACUAGAUAGCGGAAUCAUUAGCGCGUCGAGCACACAGCCUGUCCCUGCAUUCAGUAGUCCGACUCCGGACCUUUCAAGAAUCACACCACAACCGGCAAACGUCAUUGACGAUGACGACGAUUUUGUCAUACUCGACUCGCCCGUGGCCCCCGCCAAAGGGAAAGAGAAAGAGGAGGAAGAGGAGGGCAUCUCGAUCGUAGAGGAUACCGCAAGAUCCUCCUUUAGAGAAGACGAGGAGGACCCCGAGCUGCAGAAAUACGUGCAGGCCGCGCAGGAGCGCAAGCGCCAGCUAGAAAAAGAGCAGGAGCAGGAACAGGUUCUGGCGAAGAAGAACUUUACUGUCGAAGUCGUUUCCGACAUCCCAUACACCCACGCGGCGGGGCCCUGCGUGUUUAAGCACUUUGCGAAUGAUCCUCUCAAGCAGGUGCGAGAGACGUGGUGUGCCAUUAUGCAGAUGCACAAGAUAGACGUCGUUGCUAAUGACGUCUUCUUAACGUGGCGCGAGAAUCGGCUGUACAAUACCACGACUCUUCAGGGACUCGGCAUAUCCAUACUUGGUAACAAUCAACUCUACUCCAAGAGCGGCGGCCGCGAAGGCUUCAGUGAGGACAGGAAGAGGGUGAUUCUGGAAGCAUGGACGGAAGAUCUAUUCGAACAACACCGGCGGGAAAAGGAACGGGAACGGCUGAGGCUUCUGGGCGAGCUUGAUGAGGGUGUUCCGGUAGCGGCUGAGCCGGAGCCGGAAGAGAAGUUCAAAGUGACGAUGAGGCCGAAACAAGGGGACUCGGUCAAGGUAUCGGCGACGGCUUCUUCGACGGUGUCCGUUUUGAUAGAGAAGUUCAGAGCUAAGAGGCACAUACCGCAAGACGUCAAGAUAUCCAUUUAUUUUGACGGAGAGAAGCUUGGAGACGAGAUCACUCUGCAGGAGGCGGAUAUUGGAGAUGAAGAUCAGGUGGAAGUACACAUGGGAUAA